AUGUUUGAGCAAUACCAUGAUGCCACUAGACUGAUCGUGAAUAAUCGUGAUGUGCUCUUCAUGGUCGGUUUUUCGGGAUCGGACGGUAGAGAUUCGAGAGGAGGUGUCGGUGCUAGGUGGUUAAAUCAGGUGGGGGAGAGGGAAAUUUCAGGGAUUUGGAAGGAUUGGGAGGGAAUGUGGUUUUCCUUCGCUGAUGAAGCUGAGGAAGACGAGGAGGUGGUGGUGGAGGUAAACGCGUUAGGCGCUGGGGUGGGCCGUUUUGUUUUGGCUUCCGUUUAG